AUGUGGCGGAAAACAGUUCAUUCGCAAUGGCUUGAACCGUGUAAAAGUCGUAACAAGAUAUCUGUAGGUGAACCUGCAGAUGGAUCAUCGCUAAAACCACCACAAAACAAACUCAUCGUUAUGGUUAUGUGA